CCCUGAGGCGAAAAGGGAGGCCGGGAGAGCGCGACGUCGCCCGGGCAGAAGCGCCUCGGCCUCUCCCGCGAGGGAGGCCCCACCGGGCCGCAAAGCGAGGCGGCGUCGUUCCUUCCCUCGGGCCCGCGCACCGCCCGGCCGGGAGAGGCUCCCCCGCGCGCGCCGCUGCGAGGCCGGCCUGCGCCUGAGGGAGGCGGCCGACGUUCCCUCAGCCGGCGCGCGCGGGGCGAGGCGGCUGGACGCGAGGCCGCCGGAGAUGGGCCGCCGGGCUCCGGGCCGCGCUCAGCCGUGGGCCCUGGUGGCGGCGGCGGCGGCGCUGGCCGUGUGCGCCUUCUACUACGCCGGCUCGGGCGGCGAGGCCUUCUCCAGCGCCACGCGGCGCCUCAAGGGGACCCGCCUCGGCCCAGCCACCACCCCGCCGCCGCCGCCGCCGCCGGUGCCGGAGGAGGAGGAGGAGGCCGCGGGGCUGGCCGAGGCCAAGGGCAAGGAGGCCGAGCGGCGCCUGGGGGAGGCGGCGGCGGCGGCCGAGGAGGAGCUGCACCUGCUGCUGGUGCUGGCCAAGGCCGAGCGCAACGCCGCGCUGCGCGACAAGGCCGAGGCGGCGCUGCGCUCCCUGGUGCGCCUCGGGAAGCUCGGCCCCCGCCAGGCCCUGGCCCUCCACCUGCUCUGCGACGCGCCCAGCAAGGCCGUGGGCAAGGCCCUGCUCCGGGACGCCCUGCGGGACGCCCCCUUCAAGUACAAGGUGAUCUUCCAUGAUGUGAACGUUCUGACGGAAAAGCUGCUGCCCAUCGUGGAGGCCAUGCAGAAGCUGUUCAGCGCGGGUACCGGCACCUACUACAGUGACUCUAUCUUCUUCCUCUCGGUUGCUAUGCACCAGGUCAUGCCCAGAGAGAUCUCACGGAUUAUUCAGGUGGAUCUGGAUGUGGAGUACCGGACAAAUAUCCGGGAACUGUUUGAAGAAUUUGACAACUUCCCUGAAGGAGCUGUGGUCGGCAUAGCUCGAGAGAUGCAGCCUGUCUACCGGCAUAUCUUUUGGCAGUACCGCCAAGAGCACCCUGGGACCAAAGUGGGGGAACCUCCCCCAGAUGGACUGCCAGGCUUCAACAGUGGUGUCUUGCUGCUCAACUUGGACGCCAUGCGCCAGUCUGCGCUCUACAACCGCCUGCUGGAGCCAGAGGCCGUGCGGCGCUUGGCAGAGAAAUUCCAUUUCAAGGGCCACCUCGGAGACCAGGACUUCUUCACGCUGGCUGGCAUGGAGCACCCCGAAUUGUUCCAUGUGCUAGACUGCACCUGGAACCGGCAGCUCUGCUCCUGGUGGCGGGACCACGGCUACAGCGAUGUCUUCGACCGCUACUUCCAGUGCGACGGCCAUGUCAGGAUCUAUCACGGCAAUUGCAACACGCCAAUCCCGGCAGAGUAGCUGCCUGGACUGCUGCUGCUGCAGGGCGCUUCGGGGUGCAGGGACCAAGCUGUGGGGGAGUGGCAACGAGAGUCGGGCAGGCAGAGUAGGCCACGUUGUGCAAACAUGGGAACACGGCAGCUUUUCUAAACACAUUCCAGUGCCCCCAGCUUGACUCAGCAGGCAGGUGUCUGGCAUCUGUGAGGGGCUUUUAUCCAGGAUUGUGAAGACAGAGGCAGGAUGGGCACAGCUGUGUGGAACAGCUGGCCUAACUUGGACCCACAAUGCUUUGCGGUGGCAGAACACAGACUGUGAAGUCAUGGUGCUAACGGGACAGGUGUAUUUUGCAGUAGAAGAAGAAGAAGAGUUUGGAUUUAUAUCUCCCCUUUCUCUCUUGCAGGAGACUCAAAGGGGUUUACAAUCUCCUUGCCCUUCCCCCCUCACAACAAACACCCUGUGAGGUAGGUGGG